UUGAUGAGUUGACCCUGUGAUGACGUCACAGCUUAUGCAAAUUAAGUUUCGCACCCACUACUACGCGUGCGCACCGGGAAAUUUGCUAAGGCACCUUCACUUCCGGGUUGGCACUACAAGACUUCGCGUCCCACUUUUACGCUGGCUCAGUCUUAAAAUCAGCUUUCUUGAACAAUCUUAAGACAUUUAAGAGAUCCUAGAUGGCCAAGAGUAUCCUCUUAACCUAUAUCUUCUGGCUGAUCGGCGGAUUUCUUGGCCUGCACCAUUUUUACCUGAGAAGAGAUCGACAAGCUUUUGUGUGGUGGUGCACCUUUGGUGGUAUCUUUGGUUUAGGUUGGUUUCGGGACUUAUGGAGGAUCCCUGAUUACGUGGGUUUUGCGAAUGGCUAUGGAGACAAAUACCAGGUGGUGGAGAACAGGAGACGAAACAAGCUGAGACCGAUCUUCAAUGUCGCACGGUUCGGAGGUGAAAUGGCCCUGGGGAUGUAUUUUGGCUUCAUGGCCAUGCUAGCCAUUCCUGAAGAAACGUACCAAGAGGGAAGUCUCGCGCUGAGAGCUCUGUGCUACGGUAUCGUAACCAUGGCAACAAUCACCGGCGCCCACAUCGUGGCCAACAUCGGAGAAGAGACCGUGGAGCUCGGCGACAUUCUGUCAUACGCGAGCAUCCCCGCCAUUUUCAUGUUCGGCAAAGCUGCUGAAAACGCGCCCACGUGGAUUGCGGUUGGCGCCGCGGUCGGUUGUAUGUAUAAAAGCAAGUACAGGCCGCGGUCAGAACCAAAAAAGGGGCUGUGUCGACGUCUUACAUCGUUAACGCUCGCGGGUAUGAUCAUUUUCGCAGUCUGGGGGUCUUUCCUGUACCACAACGCGUCCGUCACAACAAGCGAUGGGGAGACGAUCAAAUUGCGAGACUCUGUCGAUAACUUCUUCACAUCGCCGGCCUGGCUCCAGUUUAAGAAGAACCUGUGGGAGCUGUAUGACUACGGACAGACUCACGGAUGGGACAAGGUCUGGCAGCAGUUUGUGGAGUCUUUAGACCCUACAGGAGAAGCUAAUGCACUACAGGUACUUGGAGUAGAUAAGAAUGCGAGUCAGGAAGAGAUCACCAAACGUUACCGGAAGCUGGCACGGGAAUGGCACCCAGACAGACACAAGGAGAACAAGGAGGAGGCUCAGGAGAAAUUCAUGGAGAUACAGAAAGCUUACGAGACUCUGUCAACCAUCAAGAAGAAGCGAGAGAGAAAAAGUUCUCAGAAACGUUCCAACGCUGAUGACUUCGACCACAGGUUCUAGUAAUACUAUACUACAGGACAGUACACACGUUUUUAAGUUGUCUUCUUGUCAAAUGUUUUCCUUCAUGAUAUAUCAUACAGUAUGCUAAGAUCACCACAUUGACAAAAUAAUGGAUUUAUAGAGAUUUACUAUUUAAAGAAAGCAUUCAAUUUGGUAAUUCCAGAGGUACUUCUGAUAUCUAGCUUUCAGACAUUCUUGUGACGGCCUGUCCCAUUUUUUAUUGGUCAUGGUGCAGAGAUUUGUGACCGUAUACAUGUAAUUUGUCAGCGUAAAAAAAUUGAGAAAUGACAAUCAGGUGAUGAAUCAAACAUAUCAUGUGCACAUAUCAUUUACCAAAUUGGAAGAUUUUUCUACAACUCUGAUCAAGACUCUUCGUGCAGAACAAAAUGCUGCUAAUAGAUGUACUGGUAACAGUGAUUUUCUGCACAUAAACACUGCAGUUUCUUCUCAAUGUCC